AUGCAAUACGUAGGCGAUGCUGCCGAGGCGAAGCGAGACAACAAGAAGAACAUGGCGUCCUGGCAGCGAGAGAUUCACGACAGGAUCAAGGAAUACCCGGACAACAUCAACGGGUACCUUUCUGCGAUGGUUCCGUCAGAUACACCUGUACCACCCUGCCCUGAGAUGGGCAGGUCGCUCGAGCUAAUUCAAGUGGGAAAUCUUGAGAGCGCGAUGUAUGGGCCACUGAUGAAAGCACUGGAGCGAAUGGUGAGGCCGUUCCCGCACGGAAAGCGGCCCAAGUUCCACAACUACGAGCACAAGGUCAUGAAGUUCCCGUUCGAGCCGUACGAACACGACCAGCACCCUACGAAGCCCGACGUCAUUGCGACGUUCCCGACACUACCUUUCAUCUCUCCGCUGCAUCGCUGGAGACAUGUUGCUCUCGUCUUCGAACUCAAGUCGCUGGCGUCGGCCGACCCGAUGAUGAUGAACAUGCAGACGCACUGGGAGACGCUCGUGCAGCUUGCGAAGAGCGCGCGGAACAUCAUGCUCUCGCAGGGGAGGCUGUUCGCGUUUGUCGUCGGUAUAUAUGGCGAUCAGGCUCGUAUCUUUCGCUUUGACCGCGCCGGUGCGAUAUGCUCGCCCAAGUUUGCGUACAAGAAUCAUCCGGAGAUCUUGCACGCGUUCAUGACCGCGGAGACGCGGAAGGCAGUGCGACGGAUUACCAUGCAGGACGAGAAGGGAAAGCCGACGACGUACCUCGCAUACAAGCUGAUCUUCGUGAACCCUGGGCUGUUUUCCCGCGCAACACUGAUCUGGGAAGCGUUCAUCGUCGACAAGAGGAAUCGGAGCACAGGCGAACGAUACAUUCUGAAGGAGACGUGGCGGCAGCUUGGUCGCCUCGACGAGGUCGGCUUCUACGAGAGGCUACAGUACGCGAAGCUCGAAGAAUACAAGGAGAAUCAGACGAAGGAUCGUGGCGUGGUCGAGGCAGAGACCAACGACGACGUCGAGGUCGAAGGGAAACUUGCGGCGGAGGUACAGGCCCUAGGCGAGGCCAGAUUCACGUACGGUGUCGCGAGGUACAUAUGCGGCGAGGACUACGGCGAGAGGGAUGAAGCACAUCGGAAGCUUGUGGAGCAGGCAGAGACCUCUGGAGCUCCUGUGCCCGAGGACACGAAGGCGGGUCACCGGACGAUCUCUGGGGUGCAUAAUGCGCCUGAGAAGGUGCGGAUGAAUGAACGGAGUCACAUGCGGAUGGUUCUCCAGACGGUUGGGAAGCCGUUGGCAGAUUUCAGGUGCACGCGGGAGGUCGUAUUGGCGCUGCGCGAUGCUGUGGAAGGACACAGAAGGGCGUACAAAUCUGGGAUCAUACACCGCGACGUCAGCGAAGGGAACGUGAUGAUCUCGCGCCUUCGUGCUGCGUUUGCAGGCUUUAUUCAAGACUUCGACUUCAGCUUCAGUUGGCGACGGUUCUUGCAAAAGCGUGGCUGGGAUGUCAACCUGGCAACAUGGGAGAAGUACUGCGUCGAACACGGGCACGAACCGCCCCGGGACGACGAGAAGACUGACCCCGCGAACGACUGCAAGGAGCGCACAGGCACAAUUUUCUUUAUGGCUGUUCAAGUGUUAGAAGGCGAGAUCACACAUGAAGCACGGCACGAUUUGGAGUCAUUCUAUUGGCUCCUUGUGUUCAUCGUCCUUCGUCACACCAAGCAUGGGCAUCUAUCGGGGGAGGUGGCGUUUGGAGACCUCUUCUGCCAUGAUACCAUCGCGCAAUGUGCGAGUGCGAAAGUGGCAUGGUUGAUGAACCGUAGAGCUCCUAUUCCAGUUCCCGGCAAUGAGCCUUUGUCGACUCUCUUGGAAGAUUUUCGCGAACUACUUGAGGCCAAUUUCCUUGUCAAGCGUGGGACGAUCAGGCGCGUCACACACGAAGAGGUCCUUCACAUAUUCGAUGAGGCACUAGCCAAAGAGUGGCCCGUCGAUGAUGCGGCCAUUCCAAUCGAGGGGCAAGCCCGUGACGAUGGGUACCAAGGAUCACACCACUGCUGCCGACUUUCCGUUCCCCACCCACGAGCCCCGCCGCCGCAGGCCACACCUGAGUAUGAGCAGUCAGACAACGAGCAAGACGGCUCGAAGACACCGGAUCAUAGCGACGACGAGGAUGCCAGUGUGAUGCUAGCCCAAGAGCCAAGCGACGAGGAGGUGGUCACAGAUAUUGACGAGCGUCCGAAUGCUCCGGAUGCCCCUCAUGGACUUGCCCUUUUGAACGAGGAAGCGCAACAACCGGAGGCCAAUCCGUCUGACUCGGAGUCGCCGGAGCAAACGGAACCUCAAACGCGCGCGAGCAGUCGCCGCCGCGCUCAAUUGCCUCCCAAGGCCAAGCCUCCGGUCACUAGGAACGCGGGCUCCCGUCGCAAUGUCGCUGAGACGUGGCCAGCAGGCAACGUUGACGCAGCCGGCGCGAGGCCGGGCCACCGCUACAACCUUCGCUCGUCGGGCCGUCGUGACUUCGGCAGCGUCGAAGCUACGGGAUACCGGGUCGAGGGACAGUAG